GAUCAAAACGUACAGGAUCACCCGCUGAUUUUAAACUCUAGAGAUGCAAAAUUUUCCAAGAUAUACACCUGCUGGCUAUAUAAAGUGGUGGAAGCUAGAUAAUAAUUAGGGCAUCGUAACAUUGAGAAGUAGAAUUUAAUCAAUUGUUAUUUCCUCUUCAUGGCUUCUUUUUCAACAACUGAUCACAAAACCUUCAUGACUUCCAUGUUCUUCCUGCUUGGGUUGCUAAUUCUUAGCUCGGAGAUAUCAGGUGCACAAUCCAUUGGAGUCUGUUACGGUAAACUCGGCAACAACUUGCCGACUGAAUCGGAAGUGAUAAACCUAUACAAAAGCAACAACAUUGGAAAGAUGCGGAUUUACUCCCCAGACCAAGCAACCUUACAAGCCCUAAAAGGCUCCAACAUUGAGCUCAUCGUUGAUGUCCCCAAGGACAAGCUACAAUCCCUCAACGACGCCGGAGCCGCCUCUGAUUGGGUCCAGACGAACAUAGUCUCCUUCUCCUCCGACGUCAACUUCAAGUACAUCGCUGUCGGGAACGAAAUCCACCCCGGUGACGGUGAGGCCAACUACGUCCUACCCGCCAUGAAAAACGUUCAAAGCGCUAUAAACUCUGCCAGCUUACAAGGAAAAAUCAAGGUCUCAACAGCCAUAGACACUAGUUUGCUGGACAAGUCUUACCCUCCAAAUGAUGGUGUAUUUAGCGACGCUGCAAAUGGAUACAUCACGCCAAUUGCCAAUUUCCUGGCAGAAAAUGGGUCACCACUUCUUGCCAAUGUGUACCCUUACUUUGCCUAUACUAAUGACCGUUCAAUUGACCUUCAAUAUGCUUUGUUCAACUCAAAAGGGUCAUCAGAUGGUACGGGCUACCAAAACUUAUUUGAUGCACAGUUGGAUGCUCUGUACGCGGCUCUGGAGAAAGUUAAUGCACCCGAUGUGAAGAUUGUGGUGUCCGAGAGUGGUUGGCCAUCAGAGGGUGAUUCGGCAGCAACCACUAAUAAUGCAGGCACAUAUUAUAGGAAUUUGAUUGCUCAUGUGAAGGGCGGGACUCCAAAGAGGCCUCAAGGACCUAUAGAGACUUAUUUGUUUGCCAUGUUUGAUGAGAACCAAAAGGAUGGUGCCCAGGAGCAACAUUUUGGUCUUUUCUCACCAGACAAACAGCCCAAAUACCAACUGAGUUUCAGUUAAUUAUAGAUGUAGAGUAUUAAUCUUAAAUAAAAGUGCUUUGUAUUCCAAUACAUGGCAAUGUUUCUUCUAUGCAAGGAAAUGAAAAAUAAGUGAUUUUCCAAUUAUUCCAAUUGACAA